AUGAGUUUGUUAGAAGUCUUCGUUGUGUUUGUUAAUAUAUUGUUUGUGAGCGUUCACAGUAAGCUAUGUCCAGUUCCAGACAAAUUUAUCGGAGACGUAUGUGGAGCAGUGGUUAAUUUACAAACUGGGGUCGACAUCUUCCUCGGUGUACAAAAUGGAGUACAAGCUGGUUCCUGUCACUGCCAAAUUAUGUUUGAUGGCGAGCCAAUGACAGGAAAAAUCAGAAUGGUUCUCUUUAGCAGCAAAUCGUCAUUACUUGGAAAUCAUUGUCCAGGAAUGAAGAUGAACUUUACAACAAAUGGUCAAAAGAUUCUCCAAAUGAACGAAUGUAACGCUGAGUACCUAGCACAGUCAAUUCCAGUUCAAAAUACAGAAAACAAAUUCGAAUUGCACGUCUUUCAAGAACCUAACGAGAUGAACACAGAGUCGUGCUUUAUCAUUGGAUUCAGGGGACAAGCUGGUAAGGUCUCAGUUGAUAAUAAAAACAUUACCGCUAUAUGCUCAAGAAAUCCAGACAAUCCAGUACCAAAACCAACAGCAACCAGUCCAAUAGCUGAAACGACUGUCCAGACCACCUCUAAUCAGAAGACCACAGUAGUACCAAAUACAAGCGGAAGUGCUACCCGUCCAGGAAAUGAUGAAACUGUUCCCAAAACAGACGAUACCAUGUCUACGAAUAUGGCUCAAAGAUUCAUAGGAUAA